AUGGAGCCCAACCACACCCUUGCAAGGAACUGGAGCAUCCCUGAGGACCCUUUUGUCGGGCUCCAGCUCCUGCUGUGGUUCAAGCCGCUCUUUGUGCCUCUCUACUGCCUCCUGGUGGUGGUGGCAUGCCUGGGGAACUCCUUCUUGGUGCUCUGCGUUGCGGCUGACCACAAGCUUCACAACGCCACCAACUUCUUCCUGGGCAACCUCUCGCUGGGCGACCUCCUCAUGUGCUUGGCCUGCGUGCCCCUGACAGUCUCCUAUGCGUUUGAGCCCCGCGGCUGGCUCUUCGGGCCCGCCAUGUGCCACGCCGUGGUCCUCCUGCAGGCGGCCACAGUCUACGUCUCCGUCCUUUCGCUCACGGCCAUAGCUGUGGACCGGUACGUAGUGGUGGCCUACCCGGUGCGGAGGCGCAUGGCCCUGCGCUACUGCGGGCUGGUGGUGGCCGCCAUCUGGGUUGCCUCUCUGGCCCUCGCGGUGCCGCCGGCGCUGCGUUCAAUUUACCUGGACCUCAGCAGCAUCGGGCAUGAGUUGUUCAUCUGCGAGGAGCUCUGGGAUGGGAUGGAGGCCCAGCGGCUGGCCUACUCGUGCGCCACUCUCUUUGUCAGCUACAUGGUCCCCCUCUUGGCCGUCACUGUGUCCUACUGCUCCAUCUCAGCCCACCUCCGCCGCCGGUGCAUCCCUGGCUUGGCCGGCUCCAACCAGAGUCAGUGGAACCGACAGAAGCGCAAGACCUUCAUCCUCUUGGUGGUGUCGGCCCUGACCUUCGCCCUUUGCUGGAUGCCCCUUCAGGUCCUCAACCUCGUCCGAGACUUGGACCCCGAUUUCUCCAUCCUGAGCAAGAAGUACAUCAACGUGGCCCAGCUUUCCUGCCACUUGGUGGCCAUGUCCUCGGCUUGCUACAACCCCUUCAUCUAUGCCUCCCUUCAUCGCAAGUUCAGGGCCCACCUGCGCGGCUAUUUCUGCUGCGGGAAGGACGGACGAGGCAAGGCAGGCCACGCCGGCCCCUGCGAUAACCUUGCCCGUGGCACAACUGCAGUGUGA